AUGGCGGAGGAGGAUAAAAUGAGCGAAAUCCGAUUUCUAAAGGAGUUUGUGGAUGAAUUAUACAAGUACAGAGACUGUUACUUUGAGACUCACAGUGUGGAGGAGGCGGGAAGGAAACAACAAGAUGUCUCUCAAGAGUUGGGAAAAGUGUUGAAAAAGCUGGAGGAGAAAGAAGAAUGCUAUCGGCACAACGCGGAGUUUCUACUGCAGAAAGGCAGGUGCCUCAACGUCGCCCCGGAUUUCAGCGCCGCCGCAGAAGAUUGCCUUUCCCGAGCCGUCAAACUGGAGCCCGGCCUGGUGGAGGCGUGGAACACCCUGGGAGAGCAAUACUGGAAAAAGGGCGACCUGACGGCUGCCAAGAACUGCUUCACGGGCGCCUUGCAGCAGAGCAAGAAUAAAGUGUCUCUGCGAAAUAUGUCCAUGGUCCUGAGGCAGCUCCCGGCGACGGAUGGCGAUGCGCACGGGAAGCAGGUUCUGGAGAGCGUGGAUAUGGCCCGGCAAGCUGUCCAACUGGACGUCACCGACGGGACCUCUUGGUAUAUUCUCGGCAACGCCUACGUGUCCCUUUUCUUCUCUUGUGGACAAAAGCCGCAACUGUCCACGCAGGCUCUAAGUGCCUAUGCACAAUCAGAAAGAGUGGACCGAGCCGCCGCUUGUUACCCGGAGCUGCACUUUAACCGAGCCACCCUGUUCCAGUACGAGGAAAUGUUUGGCUCGGCGUUGAGCGGCUACAGCCGCGCGGCCGCCCUGGACCCCGGCUGGCCAGAGCCCGCCGAGAAGGAAAAGCUGCUGAUGGAGUACCUGGACAACGUCACUGAUCUCUGCCAGAAAAAGGGCAAAGUGAAAGCACGGCGUUUACGCACCAUGUUGUCCGACCUGAGUGCCUCAUCGUCUCUGGGCCCGUGCUCGUCCCCCGAAUUCCGCUCGUGGACGGGCCGCGUGGGCGCCCUGGAGCCUAGGCCGUCGUCCUCCCUGUCGCACGGCCUUAACAGCGGAGUAGCCGCCCGGGGGAAAGUGGUCUUCAGUCUGGCAUCCCGGGGUCGCAUGGCCUUUACUUUCGGCAUGGUGGACGGCGAGGAGACUUGCGUGGCGGUGAUGGUGUACAACACCGCCGACAGCUGGGGGGUCCUCAUCGGAGACACGGUGGUCAUUCCGGAGCCUCAGGUCAAAUGGCACAGCGUCACGCACAAAGACACCUCGUUUGACUUCAAGAGCAUCCGCGUGGACUCUCCUCUGUUCCUCGUAGUCAACGGCAGGACGCAAAACGCCCAGAGUGUGAUCGUCACGUCUGUCAGCUACAAACCUCAGAGCGAAUGA